GCCCUUAUAAAUACUUUACAUUAAACAAUUAUAAAUUUUAACUUAAAAAACCUAACAACUAUAGAAUCUCCAUAUAUAAAAUCACAAGUACCCAUAAUUUAGUUUGGUGAGAAUGACCUAGGAGUCAUAGUAGUAGACUAGUAGUACAACUACAAAGAUACUUCUAUUAGCUUAAAUAAGCUGAUACAAAUAAAAGGUAAUAUAAAUUGUAACUUUCUUCCACGUUUACUUAAUUUUGGUGGGUAUUCCUUUAAGAUAAAGACUCCUUAGCUCUUAUUUCAUAUCUCGUCAAUUUUUUCCUCCUCUUCAUCUAAAACUCUUUCCCUUUAUUCCUUCUAAUAAUCAUAAUCUAUAUCCCAAUUCCCAACUUAUCUCCUUAUUCUUCUUUUUUUAUGAAUUUAAAGGUAGACUACAUGUAUUAAGGAUUAAAUCAGUCUACUAUCAAUCAAAACCUCCAUCAAGCCAAACCUCGUCACAAAAGCUCGAAGAAAAAUGGGGAACUGUCAAGCAGUUGAUGCUGCAGCAUUGGUCAUACAACACCCGAAUGGGAAGGUUGAGUGGAUGUAUUGGCCUAUUACUGCUAAUGAAGUAAUGAAGAUGAACCCUGGUCACUAUGUUUCCCUUAUCAUCCCUAUCCAUAGGUCCGAUGAGCCAGGUCCCACUACGGAUAGUAAGAAAAAGAAGGUCCAGUACACUCAAGUUAAACUGCUCCGGCCAACUGAUACACUAGUGUUAGGCCGGGCUUAUCGCCUCGUUACCUCACAAGAGGUUAAGAAGGUAUUGAUAGCUAAAAAGAUGGCAAAAGCAAAGAUGAAUGAAAAAGGCUCAGGAAAUACUAGUAAGCUACAAGCAAGCGCAGGAAAAGAUACAGAUGAAUCAGAAAACAAUGAUCAGGGAUCAGAUUAUGACAGACAGAGAUUAGCAUCAAGAUCUAUGAGCUCGAGAUCUAAGACAUGGAGGCCGUCAUUACAUAGUAUAUCUGAAGCUAUGAGCUGAUUAGUAUGCAGAAGAGGGAAAGAAGAUCAAUAAAUACUUCCAAAAAAGAAGGAAAUAUCAGGAAAAAGGGAGAAGGGAAAAAAUGGGGCACACAAGGAAAAAUGUAACUAACGGUAGUGUCAACCUCUUAUAUCUAAGCCAACUUUUGAUGCAUCAUAAAACAAGGCUAACACCAGGGUGGAGCUUGGUACGUGUAAGGUGUUAGACCGUACAACCUCUCUCUUUAAGAGGCUCAGAUUUUAGUUAUACUUGUUUUGCUUUAAUCUAAUUGUUUUUAGACGGGAAAAUUUUAAAUGAAUAUAAAGCAAGCAUAGCUUCAAUUUCAAAGUAUUAUGUAUUUUUGCUCCGACCCUGCUAUUUAUAAUGUAAAUAAUUUUUUCCUUCUCAA